GUGGUUGUGCUACUUUUCAAACUAAAAGCCUUGCAUUUUGCAAACACCUAAAUGUUUACAAAAUGCGACCACACGUUAGUUGUGUAAAAAAGCAGUGAAACUCCUCAUUGUAUGUGAAGGAGACGGUUGUAAGCGAGCUUGACCCGAAAGAAGACCACCGGUGGACGUAAACACCGCAGAUUUUAAGAAAACUAAAGUUAACGGACUUCAGCCACCACCUAUCAUGACUUGCAGCGGGGAGGAAGACGACCCGUUCCCCGUUGAAGACUGCCUGUUCGCCGACGCAUUCAGUCAGGAGAUCAGCUUGUGGGGUGAGGAGCUGAAGAUAAGGCAGGUGUUCGGGGUCAACCUCGGUGUCGGUGCCCCGGUCUGGAAAUCUGCGUUAAACCUGUGUCGGUACAUGUAGGAGCAGAGUGUGGAGCUGCGGGGACAGCGCGUCAUCGAGCUAGGCGCAGAGACGGGAGUGGUCGGUAUUCUGGCCGCUCGACUCGGCGCAGCCAUGACACUCACAGACCUUCCUCUGGCUCUCGCACAGCUCCAGGCCAACGUCUCAUUGAACAUUCCAUCCAGUGGUUGGUCUUCUUUCUCUCCCACCGUCCUCCCUCUGUCCUGGGGUGAGGACCACAUGAACUUUCCAUCUGACUGGGAUCUGGUGUUAUGUUCAGAUAUAACUUACCUCCCAGAGACGUAUCCAGUGCUUUUGGAGACGCUAACUUACUUAUCGUUUCAGCUUAAGACUCAGGUAUCCUACGAGGAGUGUCUGCCGAGCAGAUUCAAGGUGGAGCUUGAAUAACGUGACGACAAACGAAACAUUCAUAUCUACAGGGUAUCUCUAAGGACAGAUCAGUGAAAGCAGUGACAGUCGUCUACUGGCCUGGGACCAGUAGACGACUGUACUGAAACGUUAUGUCUCUGGUUCCUUGGAUAUUGGUUUUUAAGGAGCAGUAAAGACAUUUUGCGACAUGAAGCUGCCAGAGAGAGCAAGUCAACUGUAACUCGAUAAUUAAAGUACAGAUUUUCAGGUUAUACGCACCCUUAUACGUCCUUUGUACUUUUGAAGUAUCUCUGCCAAGAGGCUAUGUUUUUGCCGCUGUCUGUUUGUUUGUCAGUAGGACUCCGUAAGAACUACAAAGCAGAUUUCCAUUAAACUUGCUGGAAGGUGCGAACAAAGGGGUGGAUCCAGAAUCUUCAUUUUCAUUUUCUUUUACAUUAUGAAAUGGUUUUUUUUUUUAUUGAUUUCCUUCGGAAGAAUUCAUGGAUCUUAGUAAAAAAAUCGUCUAUAUUUAGGUGACUGGUUUCAAUGAGUGUGUGCAAUUUGGUGCAGCUUGAUUGUAUUUUCUUGGUGGAGAUUUGCACUCUACUGAUUGAUGUUCUUAAGUAUUGUGAUGAGUUUGUCUUCAAAAUGUAUAUGAAGUAAAAUGUUUUUUAGAUGUUGGCUGAGCAAAGCCAAAAUAACAAAACAUUCAACAACACUCGUUCUCUAGAGAAUGACUGAGAAUGAAAGUUCAGUGCUGGUUAUGACUGAUUUCAAAAGUGAAAGUUAAUUUAUUCCAUCCUAAUCAUAAAAACAAGAUUAUACUUGAUAUAUGAUUGAAAAAAACUGGUACAUGAGUCAUUAAUAUUCAACACAUUCAUUCAGCAUUUUGUAUUAAGAUAUAUAAAACCAAAAACACGGUUCAUCCCAUGCCCUCUAGCUAUUCUGGCAACAUCAACAUAUUGUCAUCCCUGCUGUCUGUACGUACUUCAUCCCCUCUCUCCUGCUCUCUGCUGAUGUACAGACUUUCUGUUCAGAAAAGGAAAGCCUGUUUGUUACGCUGGAGAGUUUCAAAGAAAGGGAGACAACCCGUCCGCUGCCUGUCUCUCCCUGUGCUACAAUUCAGCCGACAAAACAACAGAUCCCUAUCUGCAUGGAGCGUCUGCUCGCCAUCACGCCCUGCACCGCCCACGCGAGUGCCACGCACAAUGUAGAUCAAUGGUAUUGUUCAUGUUCACUGUCACUUUGGUGAAGUUAUGGAAAACUGUGUUGCUGGAAAGUGGUUGUGAUGUUGACCUGCUGGUUUAGAAGAACACAUCCAAACAAUGAUGAUUUACAAUUUAAAUAUUAUUUAUAAGGUUAUAAUGAGUUUUUUUA